AUGCCUCGUCAAUUUUGGCAGCAGCUCUGCCAGGAGCAUGGCAUAAGUCAGGAUGGAAACCUGGAGGACUUUGCAACCGAGGGCGGAGACCGGAAAGACGUCUUCUUCUACCAGUCUGACGACACGAGAUACAUCCCAAGAGCAAUUCUGAUCGACUUGGAGCCUCGAGUCAUCAAUGGUAUCCAGACUGGCCCUUACAAGAACAUAUACAACCCCGAGAACUUCUUUGUUGGAAAGAAUGGAGUCGGAGCGGCCAAUAACUGGGGAGAUGGAUACCAGACUGGAGAGUUAGUUCACGAGGAUGUUAUGGAGAUGAUAGACCGAGAAGCAGAUGGCAGUGAUUCCCUUGAGGGCUUCAUGAUGCUUCAUUCGAUAGCCGGAGGAACUGGAUCUGGUUUGGGCUCUUUCCUCCUCGAGCGACUGAAUGAUCGAUUUCCGAAGAAGAUUCUCCAGACAUACUCGGUAUUCCCAGACACGACAAAUUCAGGCGAUGUGGUGGUUCAUCCAUACAACAGCUUGCUUUCGAUGAGGCGGUUAACUCAGAAUGCUGAUUCCGUAGUGGUCCUCGACAAUGGUGCUUUGUCCCGGAUAGCAGCAGAUCGCUUGCAUGUCCAGGAACCUUCUUUCCAACAAACCAACCAGCUGGUAUCAACGGUCAUGUCGGCUAGUACCACAACUCUCCGAUACCCUGGAUACAUGCACAAUGAUCUUGUCAGCAUUGUUGCUUCGUUAAUACCGACUCCGCGCUGCCAUUUUCUCAUGACCGCAUAUACACCAUUUACAGGAGACAACCUUGAGCAGGCCAAAACUGUGCGAAAGACAACUGUUCUGGAUGUCAUGCGCCGACUUCUCCAGCCGAAAAAUCGUAUGGUAUCAACUGUCCCGGGGAAGAAAAGUUGCUACAUUUCAAUCCUGAAUGUCAUCCAAGGUGACGUAGAUCCUACAGAUGUGCACAAGAGCCUUCUCCGAAUCAGGGAACGCAAACUUGCUACCUUUAUUCCCUGGGGUCCGGCCAGUAUUCAAGUGGCAUUGACGAAGAAGAGCCCAUACAUUCCCAUGCAACACAGAGUGAGCGGCCUCAUGUUGGCAAACCAUACCAGCAUAGCUACACUGUUCAAGCGAAUUGUGAGACAGUACGAUGGUAUGAGAAAGCGAAACGCCUUCAUGGAGGGCUACAAGAAGACGGCCCCCUUUUCCGAUAAUUUGAACGAGUUCGACGAAGCCAGAGAAGUUGUGACUGAUCUUAUUGCGGAGUACGAAGCAGCUGAGGAUGCCGACUACUUGAAUUUUGAUGCAGCAGAUAAGGCCGUCGCAGGAGAGGCUGGGGACAAGAGAGCCGCAUGA